AAGACAGGCGAGACCCGUCUGCAGGAGCAGGAUUACUCCGAAGUGAACUUUAUUUACUACACAUCGGACCCCACUAACUUCACAAUUGUGCCAAUCAACCAAGUUGAUGACCUCCUGAACUUGAUCGACGUGCAAAAGCCGACAGUUUUCUACGCGCACGGGUACACGGAGACUCCGAGUGGCGACAGUGUGCAUGGAAUCACUACAGCGUUCAUACAGCGUGGACAACACAACGUCGUCUUAGUGGACUGGAGCAAAUACGAUGGAGCACCUUACACUUCGGCGCUUGAAAACGUGCCCGGGGUGGGCAAGGCUGUCGGCGAGGCGAUAGACUCAUUGGUGCAGCAGGGUCUGUGCAGCGACGACCUCUGGUUCAUCGGCCACUCUUUGGGCGCUCACGUGGCUGGCGCUGUUGCCGAGGCCGUCAGCUUCACCUGGAAAAGGAUCACGGGGCUCGACCCAGCCGGCCCUGGCUACGCGAAGCCCCUUCUGACGCGCGAGUCCGCCCUGGUGGUGGACGUGGUCCACACGGAUGCCGGUGUCGCCGGCUACAACAGCAACGACGGUUCUAUCGACUUCUGGCCGAACGGCGGCCACCGCGACCAGCCCGGAUGCCACGUCUGGGAAGUGGGCUUCUUGGAAUCAGUGGGCUGCAGCCACAUGCGAUCUUGGCAGUUUUUCGCGGAGUCGGUCAAUGAUGAACAGGCGUUCCCUGCCGUGCCCUGUUCAAGCUACGAAGAUUUUCAGUUGGGUCGCUGCCCCCCGACCGAUGCCAACACUGUCUACCUUGGCUACGCGGCGGCGCAAGCACGCGUCGAGGGCUCCGCCUACCUGGUCACAGCGUCGAAGUCUCCGUUUGGCCUCGGAGCGAAGGGGACCGAGCCAGCCCAGUGAUACUGCCAUGUGUUAGUACAGAGGAGCCGGUCCCGCAGUGUUUAUGUCACGUAAACUUAAGGCAGUACGCGGCUUCUUCUCUAUCUGACUCCAGUUCUGAAUUAGUUUCAUUAAAAUUAUUGGCUCAGCGAUA